UUCCCUGUGACAGACCUGUCUGGCCAAAUUCAGCCAGCUGGGCUGUGUGACCGCUGCUGAACACUGUUGAACAUGACUGAGCCCAACAUGAGCCUAGUGACCACCAACAUCAGCGGGGCCGGUAGCGACAACCUGGGGUAUGGAGCAGGGAACUUCUACCGUCCGUUUUCGGUGUUCAGCGUGCUAACCCUCACCCUGCUAGCCAUGCUGGUGGUGGCCACCUUUGUUUGGAACCUCCUGGUUCUCCUCACCAUCCUGAGGGUGCGGACCUUCCACCGUGUGCCACACAACCUGGUGGCUUCCAUGGCCAUUUCGGACGUGAUGGUGGCUGCCCUGGUCAUGCCGCUGAGCCUGGUACACGAGCUCAACGGGCGGCUGUGGAAGCUGGGCCGCGUGCUCUGCCAAGUGUGGAUCUCCUUCGACGUGCUCUGCUGCACGGCCAGCAUCUGGAACGUGACCGCCAUCGCCCUGGACCGCUAUUGGUCCAUCACCAGACACUUGGAGUACACGCUCAAGACUCGCAAGAGGAUCUCCAAUGUGAUGAUCGUACUCACCUGGCUGCUGUCCUCAGUCAUCUCCCUGUCGCCACUGUUCGGCUGGGGGGAGACCUACUCGGAGGAGGGCAUGGAGUGCCAGGUGAGCCAGGAGCCCUCCUACACUAUCUUCUCCACCUUCGGAGCGUUCUACCUGCCGCUGUGCGUGGUGCUCUUCGUCUACUGGAAGAUCUACAAGGCGGCCAAGUUCCGCAUCGGCUCGCGCAAGACCAACACCAUCACGCCUAUGGCUGAGGUGAUUGAGGUGGAGGCAUCGCGGCAGCCCCAGAUGGUGUUUACUGUGCGCCACGCUACRGUGACCUUUCAGAUGGACGGCGACACGUGGCGCGAGCAGAAGGAGAAGAAGGCGGCGCUGAUGGUGGGCAUACUGAUCGGCGUCUUUGUCCUCUGCUGGAUCCCCUUCUUCCUCACGGAGCUCAUCAUCCCGCUGUGCCACUGCGACAUUCCGCCCAUCUGGAAGAGCAUCUUCCUGUGGCUGGGCUACUCCAACUCCUUCUUCAACCCGCUAAUAUACACAGCCUUCAACAAGAACUACAACAACGCCCUGAAGAACCUGUUCUCCCGCCAACACUGAGGCCGGGGAUGAGGGCUGGAGGACGAGGGCUGGAGGACAAAACUGACAGUGUAAAACAACGGUUAAAAUCAGCAGGUCCUAUCGUCUCUGACCACAGAACAUUGGCCAAAAUUUUCGUUWCAUUUGACACUGAGGCUGGGGCAGAGACUAAGGCUGAGACCACAGGAGGUUGGCGGCACCUUAUUAAUUGAGGAGGACGAGCUUGUGGUUAAUGGCUGGAGCAGAAUAAGUGGAAUGGUAUCAAAUACAUCAAACAAAUGGUUUCCACGUGUUUGAUGCCCUUCCAUUCGUGCCAUUCCAGCCAUUAUUAUGAGCCAUCCYCCCCUCAGCAGCCUCCUGUGGCUGAGACUAAGGCUGGGGAUAAGGCAGAUGCAGAGAAUGGGGCUGAGGCUCAGGCUCAAGCUGAACCACACGAACAGCCACUCCACCAGGAGGCUAGCUCUAUCAGAGCUAGAGAGCAAAUCUGACAAACCAGCACAGGCUCUUUUAGCGUCUCCUUUCCCAACUCUGCGUCAACCAAGUUCUUGCAAAUCAGC